UUGAAGUCACCACUUCUGGUCGCACAUCACCAUGGCGCCCACUGACUCGGUUGACGCUGAUGUCACCAACAGCCUUUUCGAGGAUGCUCGAACAUUGUCCCAGAUGAAACGCAGCCGCAUAGACCUCAAUCGAAGGUAUGUGUUUCUUUGCCCUACUGCCCUUAGCAAGCAGUUCGAGGCCUUGCCCCUGCCGGCCAAAGAAGCGGCUCUCCUGGUAUUCCGAUGCAACCAGAAUUUCGUCUUCAAAGAUCCACCCGCAGUGCGAAAAUCGCGACUGCAAUCGAGGGUGGAGUGUGGAAAUUCCACAGUGAAGCACUUUGCCCCGGUGAAACCGGGUUUGCGAGCGCUCUACAAGUCGGAGUUUUCCGAUGAAUUCCUUCAGUGGGUACUUAGCAAAGAGAAGGAAGGCUGCGUGUUUUGGUUCAAGCCAGAAAGGGACUUGAAGAAGUUGUCAGCUUUCUUUGAAGAAAAGAUUGAUCCAAUGGACGAGUUGCCCUACAGGCCUUUGUUGUUAGAUGCCAUGUGGUGGCGUGUUCGCUUCGACCGUACCAGCUCAAGAUACGUUGGAAAUCCCCGUGGCAUCCUGGCAGCCAUCGCAGCCUUCCACAUGUGUAGUGAAAAGGAUCGCGACAUCGACCUGGCUUCCUUGCAGGGGCUGAUCUACCAGAGCAACCCCACCUUGGAACCGGUGGUGAAAUGGCCACACGCACUUUCGAUGCGCUUUUUGCCGGCGACAGUGGAUUCGGACAUUGAGUACAAAGGCUACAUCGAGGGCAAUCCCAGGCGUCCAGGGCUGCGAGGGGAGGCCGUCCUGGAGAGGAUCCAGCGCUGGCCGGAGCGACCCAAAGACCGAUUAGACAACUUGCACCAUCACUGGCAGGUGCAGGAACUGUCCAGAAAGUUUUUCAGCAGGGCCGGCAGUUCAGCUGUCGCUUCGGGCGCUGUCUCUGCCCGGUGAAGGUCGAUGAGAAUCCGCCAGUGAUGUGGCGAAUACGUGGCGAUGUGGCUCGCCUGAACAGCCACGUAGUGCUGCAUGGAGCGCUGAUCCAAAGUUGGGAGGCGAAAA